CAUCGCAUUCACAUCCAACCGUUCGAUUCCUUCCUCCUCCUCCUCCCUUGCUUUUCGCUUUUCCGACGGCUGUUACUAGUUGAGUUGGCGUUGGGCAAGCCUCGGUCUCGACGGCUCGUCACCGGGAGGGACGGAGCCAUGGGCGCCGCCGCUCGUCGCCGUCCGCUGUGACUGUACGACCGCGAUGAGCCCGGCGGUUCGGGUGGGGGAGGACCCGCCCGGUCCGGGCGCCGAGGAGGAGGCUGUGGUGGUCGCGUGGCGAGAGCUGCGUGGCCAGGCCGUGGCGCUCGCGGCUGCCGCCGAGGAGCGGGCCGCCCUGGCCCGCCGCCUUGAGGCCGCGCUCGAGGCGAGGAGGGAGACGCUGCGGCAGGGCGCGGCGCUGGACGAGCUGAGGCGGGGACUGGAGCUCCAGCGGGUGCGCGCGGAGGAGGCCGUCGUCGGUAGGAGGCGGGCGCUCGAGGGCAUGGAGCGGCGGAAGGAACGUCUGCAGGAGAAUAUCGAGCGGGUGCUGCCGCUGUCCAGGGCACUCGCCGCCACGCACCAGCGAGUGCAGGAAGCGAAGGAGGUGUUAUCUGGAGACAAGGCCAGGCUUGAGGAACUGCAGAGGCUGCUUCGGAUGAGGCAGCAGUGCAUGGUUGGCCAGGUUGCUGCCUUGUACCCUGUGAGGGUCUUCCAUGAUCUACCACGACACACAGAAAACCUUCAUGCCGAUACGAAUGGAGAGCAAGGAACACUUUUAGAAGAAAAUACAGCAUUUCCAAGAGAGAAUGGAACACAUUUACUUGGUGUUAUCAGAUCUUCACGAGUACGUGCUUUGACACUUUUUGGGUGGCAAUUUGUGAAGCAUAAAACAAAGUGUAAGAGUUACAGGGACAAGGACCUUCAGAGGUCCGCGGCAGUUCUGGGAUAUGUGGCACAUGCAGUCUUGCUCAUAGCCUCCUAUCUUGAUGUCCCCCUCCGAUAUCCUUUGCGCUUUGGAGGAUCACGAUCUUAUGUGAGCGAUUGUUUGCCUUCAGCUGAAACAGCAUCAGUUGCUUCAGUAGGUCACCCAAGUAUCAACAACACCGACUCAAAACUAACAGAAUACCCCCUUUUCCUGGAAUGUCAAGAAGAUGACUCCACUAAGGCAUCCUAUGCUAUUUAUUUGUUGCACAAGGAUACGGAACAACUUUUGAACUACAUUGGAGAAGAGAGCUCUGGAAGGCACAUAUUUGGUAAUCUGAGAGAGCUUAUUAGGAUCACACAGUCGGAUGAGUAUUUGUACAGAUGAUCAACUCCACCUUGUGGUGUUGGCGUGCUUAUGCUGUAGAGAGGUUCCAUACAGAUGUAAGUAGGUGUUUUUUUCCUAUUCUUUUGUGUGGUUCUUGCCUUCUUUCGCUGCGCCAGGUUUUUGUAUGCGCCGGAAGAAAGGUGCGCAUUAGGUUUUGCUAGAUGAAAUGGUAUUUACAUGUAUGGCUUUGCGCCUUUACAUGAUUCUCAGCCUCUACAUGUACGCUUCAGGUUUCUCCUAUGUAUCAUCCUGUGAGGCAAACAAAAUCUUAACAUCUUAUGAGUUAAUGCCAAAAUUACAUCCUCUGACCA